AUGCACAGCACCACUGCCAUCAAAGUAGAAGUGGAGAGCCUGUCUCUGUCCAGCACCUCCUGUCAAAGAGAAGGCGGAAGAACCAUCUUACUACAGUUGUUGGAAUUUAAAACUCAUCUGCUUGAAGCUGUAGAGGAGCUGCAUAUUCGGAAGGAUGCAGAGACGCACUUCGAGGAUCAGAUCAGUAAACUGGUGCUGGAGAAACAGGAGCUGGAGUGGGAGAGGGAAUCCCUCCAGCAUCAGAUUGAAACAGGCGUGACUCAGCACACAGAGUCACUCACCAGUGUGAAGAAGCAGUUUCAGGACAAAAUCCGAAACGUUGAGGAGGAGAAGGGGAAAUACCAGGUCAGUGCUGAGUUAAAGGACAAGGAGAUUAACAACUUGAAAGAAGAACUGAGGUCGCUGCAGUUGCUGAAGUUCAACUUGGAGAAGAAAUCAAAGGAGCUGGUGAGGAAGAAUCUUCCACUUACACAAACUGUUGACAGAGGGCUGGUGGGAGAGCAGAAACUGUCCUUGCAGAGCAGGUCGAAGGACAGUCACCUGAACCAGCUGGGGGAGGUGGAGAAACGGUUCAGUGCCCUGUCCAGGCAGUGUGCCAUGGUCAAGAAGGGCCAUGAGACACUCCAGCAAAAUGUGGAUGAGGCCAUGAGAAUCAACAAGAAACUGACGUCCGCAAAUGAAAAACAAGAAGCAAACAUUGUGUCACUGAAGAAGGAGUUGGAGCAGGUGAAUACCAAGCUGAUUAAAACCAAGAUGAUGUCAGUCACACAUGACAAGUUCCACCACGGUCAAAUGGCCACAGAGCAGCAUGUAGAGAAACUGCACCAGAGACUGAGGAUGGAAACUGAAAUUAUCAAGAAACUCGAGGAGGAGAAUGUUUCUGUAAGAGCAGAAAAGCAGAGGUUAAUGACUUCUCUGCAGCACAACCAGCAGCUUCUGUUGAGUCAGACACAGGCAGUGAACAGAGUCGAGCUGGAGCUGCAGACACAAGAAGAACAGCACCAGGCCCUUAAGCAGGAACACGAAGUGAUGCGAGACAGAAGCAAGGCUCUGGAAGAUAAGGUGGCCCGACUGAUGGAGUGCCACGCCGCCUCCGUGACGAGCUGGGACAAAGAGAAGAAAGUUUUUCUGGACGACAUGGAGAGUGAACAGCAGGAGCUUCGAUCGGUGAAGGAGGCUUUCGACGAGCUUCAUGGGAAACACACUGAGGUGUCCUCACUGUCUAAAGAGCAGGCACAGCACAUACUGGAAUUAGAGAUGAGAAACCACAGUCGGAGCUGCCUCGGUGUUUCGACCCAGGUCGUCCUUCCCAUCGAACCCAGCGAUGAGCUUCUGAUCCUCGGCCGCCUGCAGCACGCGGCCGCGGAUCAGAGAGGACCAGAAGGUCUCGACCACACAGGAGCUGUGACUGAAGAACAAGAAGUCCCAAACUCUCCUGAUCUGUUUACACGUCCACGUGUCAACAACAACCUCUCCAGCUCCUGCAGUCAUUCGGGAACAACAAGCAAUGACACCAAUAUGAUGAGCAAGCACAUAACGAAUGCUGGUGUCAUUUCAGAAUCUAUUCAUAUACCACCCUCUGCGUCUGAUGAUAAUAUCGUGAUGAAGGAUGAUGAGGGACAAGAAAAGGUAGAAAGGGUUACAGAGCAGCAGCAGGAUGGAGAAGACGUCCAACGAGAAGAUGCAGAAGAUGGAGGGAGCACUGGAGAGAAGAGAGGAACAACAUGUUCUGCAGACACACAAGAGGACGGCCAGCGGUCAGCGGAGGAAGCUGAGGACACCAGAACCUCUGAGGGUGAAACAAGAGACGAGGGGUCAGACGGAGCAGAGCAGAGAGGAAAGACAGGAGAGCAGACACCAGCAGCACAGAUACCGACCCAGACGAGCACUGAUUGCUCCGCGGAGAAGAGCAACACACUGCAGGUCGUUGACUUCAUGGACGCUGAGACACCACUGGUUGUCUGUGAUCCCUCCCACCCCACAGAGAGUCGCUGUCAGGAAUCCACUGAGCAAGACGCUGACUCCAGAUAUGUGAACGAGGGAUGUGGGACAGAGAGAGGACAGUUUCUCUCCGCCCUCGGUCCUGAUGAAAGCCAAAGAAGUGUCAAUCAGGGGCCUGAAUCUGUCACUCAAGUUUGUCAAGUUGAGGUUCAAACUCCAGACAGCGAGCCGCUCACCCAGCUGCCGAAUCUGAGUCAUCAGGUCUCUGAGAAAACCCCAGAAGAGACGCCAGCUGAGCCUCUGAGUGAUUGUGGCUCGGCUCUGCUUCCUUCAGCUGCUCAAACAGACGUUAUUAUCAGUAUCAGCGAGUUGGAGACGACUGCAGCACAAUCAGAACAGAAUAAUCCCUCUGGCAUUAACAGUGACACGAAGCAAACAGAUGAAUCCAGUCAUAAACAUGCGAGUGAAGAAUGUGAACUAGGGAGAGCAUUUGUCGAACCACAGCUAUUUCCUCAAAGUCAGGAGAUCUCGGAGCAACAGAAGGGACAGAUCAAGGCUCUGAUUCUGGAUGAAGAUGAUUCUGGUGAGAAGAGCGAACGUCAGGCAAAUGUGGACACACAAGAAAACUGGGACAGUGAGAUUAUACAGAUGAAAACAAAUUUAAUAGACGUCUUUGUCGAUAUCACGAUGGACACUGAAGAAGACAUUGAAUCUGACAAACAUCAGGACCAAAUGAAAAAUGACAAAGAUGAAAAGACCAAUAGAAGUGAGGCUCAUUUGAAGACGUCCGUCCCCUCAGCUGGACCCAGGUCGUCUUUUGAUCUGGUCUCAGUCCUGCAUCAGUUUGCUCAGGGAUCCGAGCAGAACCAGAGUGGGUCUGAUGGACGCCUCAGUCUUCCUCCCAGCAGAUUAACCAUGUUCCCUACGAGCAAACACAGCAGAGUCCCCUUGGUGAUUACCAGGGCGUCGGAUCUGUUGAAUGCCUCCAGUGUCUCUGGGAACCCGGCUUCCUCCGCGAGGCAGCAGCAGGGAGAGUGGAAACCUCUGGACCAGACGACGGCAGCAGAUAUGGAGAGCAGAGCUUCUCUGUCGAUCACUUCUCUUCCAGUCUCGACCUCCUUCAGCACAGUCAGUGGGUUGACAUGGCCGACCACUACAGGGUGUAGCAGAGCUGCAGCUCCUGUUUCUGACCCGGACCUUGAGCCGUCCUUCUCCCAGGAGAGGGAAGAGCAACAGGCCUCCUUCAGAGCUCAGAUCUCCAAGAUCGAACAGUUUCUCAACACGGAGCGACUGCGUCAGCCCAAAAGACGGAAAACUGACAACUGACCCAUCAGAGGUAUUAACGGAUGCUACUGUGUCUGUAGUUAUUGUCUGUAGUUAUGGGUCAGACAUACGCAUUCAGCAUUUUGUAGAAGCAGUCAGAUUUGCUAACGUUAAUAGUUUUCCUAUAAGUUCGACUCUUUCAAUUUCAAGUAGGGAAUUCUUGGUAACUUGUUCUGAAGGAUUUUAUUUUAACUUUAUAGUUAUUACUCAUUCCUUUAAAUUAUACAGCUCAAUAAAUAGCUUGUUAGUGUGUUUUAUUUGUAAAAUUGUUUGUUACUAUUCUAAAUAAUUCACGUUAUAUAUUUUAUUCCAGUGGACAAACACUGUUCAUUUGUUGUUGUCACGUUACGAUUGUGUAUUUGAGGUUUUUGAUGGUUUACUGGAAGUUAUUAUAUUUAGAGAGAUGAGAUGAG